AUGUUCUCCAAGCAGUCCCUCGUGUCCCUUCUGGGUGGUCUGUCGCUGGCUCUCGCGCAGACCUCGUCCGAACAGAACCCGUCUCUUGCCGAGAUUGAGGCCGCUCAGGCGUCCGUCCUACCGUACUCGCCCGUCUCCAAUGUCAAGGGACUCUCGUUCAACCGCUUUGUGAACAUCUGGUUGGAGAACACCGACUUCAAUGCUGCCGCCAGCGACCCCCACCUGUCCAAGCUGGCCGAAAAGGGUCUCCUUCUCACCAACUACUAUGCCGUCACCCACCCCUCCGAGCCCAACUACUGCUCCUCCGCCGGUGGUGACAACUUCGGCAUGGACAACGACAACUUCAACCAGGUCCCCGCCAAUGUCUCGACCAUCGCGGACAUGUUCGACGUCAAGAACAUCGCCUGGGGCGAGUACCAGGAGCACAUCCCCUACCCCGGCUACCAGGGCUUCCGCUACCCGGAGUCCGGGGCCAACGACUACGUGCGCAAGCACAACCCCAUGAUCCUGUUCGACUCCGUCACCAAGGAUGCCAACCGCCUGCGCCAGAUCAAGAACUUCACCAGCUUUUCCGACGACCUCAAGCACCACCGCCUGCCUCAGUACAGCUUCGUCACCCCCAACAUGACCAACGACGCCCACGACACCAACAUCACCUUCGCCGGCACCUGGACCUACAAGUUCCUCGCCGACUUGCUCGAGGACGAGUACUUCACCAAGGAUACCCUCAUCCUGCUGACCUUUGACGAGAACGACACCUACGAGAUCGGCAACAAGAUCUACAGCUUCCUCCUGGGCGGUGCCGUCCCCAAGCACCUCCGCGGCAAGCAGGACGACACCUUCUACACCCACUACUCCAUCAUCGCCUCCCUCUCCGCGAACUGGGGUCUGCCCUCGCUCGGACGCUGGGACUGCGGUGCCAACAUCCUCAGCUUCCUGGCGGAGAAGACGGGCUACGUGAACUACGAGGUCGACACCAGCAACCUCUAUCUCAACCACUCCUACCCGGGCCCGCUGUCCGCCAACAAGUACAGCACCUACUCGCCCGUCUGGCCGGUCCCUUUGACCUCGGGCAAGUGCUCCGCCGGCCACGGCAUCCUCAAGGUCGUCCAGGAUACCUGGAAGAACCUAACGGCCACCUACAACUACACCAGCCCUGUUCCUUAUGAUGCUGUCAGUGGCACCAACACGGGUGUCAAGUACUACCGGAAAUUGAAGCAUGGAAAGGUCGAGUCUGGAAUUACGCUGUAA